AUGUCGACCCUCUUUCCUCACCACAUCCUGUUGACAAUGUCUCCAUUCGACAUCCCAGAGCUAGUUGAUCAGCUCCGCUACUAUCUCUCCCCCCAUGACCUCACAGUGUGCGUCCGGGUCAGCAAGGCCUGGAACGCCAUGUUCAUCCCAUACCUCUGGUACUCUGUCCCGCCCACAGCGUACCUUGUGAGGAGAGAGGAUGACCCGCCACUGGAGUCAUAUCGGCGCCAUGACGACCGCUUCAGUCAACUGGUGCAGAGGGAUUACCUUUCAACUCUGCUGCAGGCUCACAUCAACAACAACAACAACAACAACAACAACAGCAAUAGUCCCCUGCCAGUAACUUCAAGGAACGGGCGCUGGAUUCGGGUCUUGGAACUACAACAGUCCUUCCUGCAGUGGAAACCUAUACCUGCGUUCAUCGAACACGCAGCAACGGAGGGCGAGACCACACCAGAGUCACCGCCCGAUCCAGAGUUCAUUUUCCAUAUGCUCCAGCAGUGCACGCGUUUACAACGCCUCCAGAUUGAAGGACGGGUCAACGAUGCUCAGGAGCUGGAGUCUUGGAGCAAGAUUCUUGGCAGCGGUCUUCCAAGAACCAUCACCAACUUCACCCUCGUCAUAGACUACCCUCGAGUACAAAUUGAGCAGCGUACGGAAGAAAACUGGGACAAUGGAGAAGAGGAGCCGUUACCGUCUUUAAGGAUUCUGAAUGUCACCUGCCAGAGCAGCAGGCUGUACUCGCCACCAUUGCUCAAGUUUAUAACCCGAUGCACCCACCUCGAGAGUCUCCAUAUAUCACGCCUCAACGAGACCUGGACCGGAGUUCUCGGAGAGUGCCUCCACCUCAAGAGUUUGCGAAUCGUUAUAUUCGACACCAAAUCGGCCCAGUUGCUUACCGAUGAACUCAGGAACGGUCUCCCCAGCCUUGCCAACAUUCACAUCGACUGUUACUUUGAGGACAUGCGGGAUCAGGACCUGGCUAACAUGUUCUCGGCUUGCCGUACCGGCUGGCGAUCCAUCAACGCACCGUGCAUUGAUAAACUUGCUGUAGAGGCUAUCGUACAGCAUUGUCCUACUAUGGAGGAACUAUCGCUGAAGAGGGCGCACGAGUUGUCAAGCAAACACAUGCAACAGAUCCUCUCGUCUAGUCCUCGACUCAGGUCGUUUAUUACAUUGAUUGAUGAGGACGAUAGUCUCCCAUACAUUGACGCGAGCCAGAUCCUGGCGUUGGACUUUAUUGACGCCGAUUCUUCGUCCGACUUCCUCAGACCAUGGGCCUGCGAGUCAACCCUGACGGUGUUGCGAGCCAAGAUUUUGGGGAUUCCACGACCAGACAUCACCAAGACCUAUUCCGGACGACCACUCGAGGACGGCAUGGUACUUCCUGAAGACUAUGUUGGUCAAGGUCAGGAUAUCGGGCGUCGAGUCUAUGAGCGUCUUGCGAGGUUCACCCGCCUGGAACGAUUGGAGUUGGGGCACGAGGACAGGGAUGUUUACUACCCUAGCAGGAAGAUUAGAGGGUUAGACGAUAUAGGUCACCAGUACACGUGUUUGGAGAUGUCUCUCAAGAGUGGAUUACGGAUACUGGAAGGAUUGAAGCAGCUGAGGGUGUUGAGUGUGGUGCGGAUGGCGACUUUGAUCGGAGUUGAGGAGCGAUCAUCCCCCUCAUCGGACCCUACUUCCUCCCCGUCGACCUACUGCAGUGCGUCCAAGUCAACCAAGAAUGGAACAUCGCCCCUGAUUCCACUCCUCUGGCACACCAUCGACAGCAGCCUCCCAACCUGGCACAAGAUCCUCAAAGAAUUCGACUCGGAGCACGCACAAGGACAAAUGGACGAACAAUGGCUCCAGCUCCUCUUCAACAAGUACGCCCAUCAUAUCCGAGCCCUCGAAAACCCCGGGUUGACGUUCCUGCAUAUGAGCCGCAACCUGCGGCGUCUGGGUAACUUGGCAAACGAAUUGGGACAAUUCCACCACAAGGCGCUUUCAGGACUCAAGAACCUCGUCACCUUCUCCGACCCUUACUACCGCCUCAGUCUUCCAGCAUUACUCAGAAGUCUGCCCCUGGUGAAGCACUUGUGUCUGGAGCUGCCCAGAUGGAACCGGUUACUGGAUACGCUUGAGCUCAAGAAAGGACUUGUCUAUAUCGGUGACGUGUUCAAUAUCCUGAAGCAUUGCCCCAACGUUGUGUACCUGGGGUUCGAGGGCGUUAGGCUGGAGCCGAUCAAGUAUUUCGAGGACAUGGAGUAUGGUGAUGAUGUUGAGGAAGAAGAGGUUGUUUUGUUUGGUGUGGAGGAUGCUAAGGCAGUAUUAGGAGGUAUGGUGUGUCAAUUGGAGAGACUGUGUAUGAGUCGAAGGGCUAGGUUUGAGCAUAUGCAGCAGUUCUUGCCGCUUUUGCCGUAUCUGGCCAAGUGUCACUUUGAAGAAGAGCAGCACUAG